AGAGAGGGUCCUGGCGGCUGUGGGCCUCAGAAGUGGUCUAUACCUCAGUGAGACGGGUGCUACGGAAAUUGAUUUCAAUCGUAACAAGAUAUUACAACACGGGGGAGUUAACAAAAUACUUUGGAACGCCAUUAAUUUAAGCUGAGGUAGAGUAUAGUACAUGGCCUUGACGAGGCUUUGGGUGGUGGUGGUCCACACGACCAGGUGUGCAGUGCGUCCAGACUAGCAGGUGUGUGGUGGUCCAGACGAGCAGGUGUGUGGUGGUCCAGACGAGCAGGUGUGUGGUGGUCCAGACGAGCAGGUGUGUGGUGGUCCAGACGAGCAGGUGUGAGGUGCACCCCUGGGAGUACAUGGUGUGCCUCCUCCCGCCCCCAGACUACUGUAAAUCGUGUGUCGUCCUUACAAACGUGAGCUUCCCAAGACGGCAAGAGCAUGAGGGAUGAGGACAGGACAAACAGAAGGAUGGCGAUGUCGAGUCGGGCGAUGGACAUGGGGGACCCGUGUACGCCUAUGGCUUGGCAGCAGCGAGACCUCAACUACCAUCAGAGCGGCUUUCAGGACAGAUACGGACCAGGAGCAAUUGGGCGCGCCGGGCCACCGUCGACCAGCGACCGCCUGAGCCACCACACAGACAAGUCGUGGCGCACACAGCGUGACUCCCGGGACUCUAGCCAGCCACACCUGGUCCCCUACGCUGGCGGCUACCCGUCCGGCUCCAGCUCACAAUAUGCCACCCGCCCGCCACCUGCUCACUAUCCACCCUCACGCCCUUCGUACUCUAGCGGUCGCCCUCCUUCCCGCCCACACACACCUUCAGGAACUACGUCGUCAUCGUCAUCAUCAUCUAGUGAAGAUGAUAGUGAACAAGCGCCAGGACCUGGGAUGGCGAUUGGUACCAUGCCACACCCGAUAUAUGGCUACUACCCAGGAGGCUACCCACCUGGUCCCCCACAUCACCCGGCUUACCCUGGCACAUUGAAGUCUGCUCGUUCAGUGCCGGCCUUGGCCUUGGCCACUUGGGACGGCGAGCCCUGCCCUGUACAUGGCAGUGGACCCCUGUCCUUUCCUGGCCCGCAUGGCCCGCAUGGCCCAUUACCCCCUCCAGGGUACCCGCCCAUGAUGCCACACGGAGCCUUGUCACUGCCACCUCCGUCAGGGGCCUCUCGUCGUGUUAACUCCAUCUAUGAUAUGCGUCUUGCGUCACCGCCUGGCGCAAUGUACGGAACACUCCCAGGGAGGACCUUGCCAGCUGACCGACGAAGUCUCGCAGGUUCGGCCAUCCUUGGCCCUGCAGCUGCUGGGGCUCCCCCUGGCAUUCCUCCACACCUCCUCCCACCUAUGGCUCGGCCGCUCCCACUGGUAGUGGAUGAAAAGGGGAAUCCGGAACCUUUACCUGUUCGUAAAACUGCAGAUAAAAAUGGGACCCUUCCACCUGGAGUUGUAGCAAAAGUAGCAGCGUCAGUAGGACAGUUAGAGAGCGAGGCUGAGGAGAAGAACCGGGUGUGUUGCCGAGGUGGUGCGUGUGUGGCUUGGGUCAUCCUGGCAGUCAUAUGUCUGGGAGUCCUCCUGGCUGUGAUGCUCAGGUUUAUCUUAUAGACUUCUCUAGCAGUCGUAUGUGGAUAUACCUGGGGAAGUCAGAUGAUAAAUAUAUUUAAAAUGUAUACAAUGAAGGUUGGUUCAUGCACAUUCUGCAUGAAUAUGCAGAAAUACGUAUAUAUCCUGAAUAUGUAACAUAAUAAAAGUAAUUUAUAUUUAGCACUGUUAAAGACAACUGGUGAAUGAAAAUUCAACUACACGAACCGUGUAAAUGUAAAUACAGAGUGCAUUACAAUAAUAAUCUUUAACAUAAGUAACCUUGAAAGCGGGUUUCCGAAGAUCUAAUGAGAAGCGCGCAAAUUGUCCCUUUACAUCAACUGCAGUAAUUAGCAUUAAUCGACCAUCAAUUUUGACACUAGGAAUGAAUGUAUUUAUAUAUGUAGUGACUACAUAGACUUUAUAUUCUAGUAAGGAUUAUUUUAUAUACUUCUAAUAUAAUUAAUUGUAUGUAUUGUACAUUACCUUGUCUACUGUUCAUAUAUUGAUGAGUGGGCUGUCUGGCGUUGCUCGCCUUGCCUGCUUGAUAUACAAUGCUGCAUGUGCUUGACAGUGGCACUCGAGCCCUUUAUUAUUAAAGUACUGUACUCGUGUUGUAAUACUAAACAUCAUACUGUGGGUGUAACUGUAAUUACGGUACUCCCGUGUGUAUGUGUCUUACUUUUUCCCGUAAAGUCUACAGUGGAACUUUAGAUCAAAAUUUUCAUUAUGGACUUUAUAACUUGUAACUUGUCUUCAUGAAGUAUUGUUAUGAAAUGUAUAUAUACAUUUUAUUUUAAUAUAUUUUGUUGGCUACAUAUUUUAUUAAGGAUAUAUUUUGUAAUUUUUUUAAAAAUUGCCUGUAGGUGUAAAUAUUAUAAAAUGAGGCAUUAAAAAUUCGUAUUGAUCUAUCACUUCUUUUUUAUGGUGCCGGGUUUGAGGAAUUAAGUUGUACAUAUAUUGGAGCAAUAUAAAAAAUAAACAAAUAUAAGCAUGUCUUGAAUUUUCA